GUGAGAUUUCAGCUAAUUGAUGAGCUGCCCCAUUGAUGGAAAUCGGGGAAAAAGCUCUCGGCUUUUAUUGCUUGCAGUAGGUUGUUUUUUUUCCUCUGCCGGUAGUUUAGAUGUGGGUUUACUUCCGUUUGUUGAAUCCACCUUGGGGCUUUGGUUUAAUGUCUCACGCAGGGAAGGUGUUUGACAUAAUGCUUGGCAGAACAUUUUAUGACUGUUGUCACUUCGCUGCUGUGGGGUUAUCUACAUUAAUCUCAUGAACUGUUUCCCUUGAAAGCUCUGGGCGUAUUGCUCUGUAACAUGAGUUGGGUUCUACUCUCAUGGAAUACCAAACCAGCAUUGAAGGAUUCCAUGUCCAGAGUUUGGAAUGCACAAGAUUCCUCUGCUGGCUGCUUCUCAAUCGACAUGACUUUUCAAAAUCAGAGGAGAAGAAAACUAUCCACAGUACCCUGUGCUCUUGUGGAAACAGCUGCUUCCGUGGCAAUUGCGGCUACUGUUGUAGGUGCAGCAGCGACCCUGCUCGUCAAUAGAAACAAAGCCGCUGCUGAAGCAAAUGAGGUAAGCUGAACAUGAACAUCUCAUCGAAUGCUCCAAGUUUUUUCCACAAAGGGUUUUGGAAUGCUCUAAAUGGUGUAGUUUUAUGGAGCUGCAGAUUCCAUUGAUAACAUGCGAAGCAUGUGGUGGUUCUGGGAUAUGUCCUGAAUGCAAAGGUGAAGGCUUUGUGCUGAAGAGACUGUCGGAUGAGAAUGCCGAUAAAGCAAGAAAGAGCGCCAAGAACAUGGCCACUCGCUACACUGCAGGGCUUCCCAAGAAAUGGAGCUACUGUACCAAGUGCUCUUCUUCCCGAUCCUGCACCACCUGCGAAGGGCGUGGCAAAUUGAGCUACUAGUGUUCGUUCCUUCUGUCAUCUUUGUGAUGGAUAUGUGUGUAAAUCCAGGUUCACAUUUGCGGUACAUAACUAAGCAUGUAUACAAAUCGAGCUACUGGUUUUUGUAUCCGGUUCUUGAAGAUGUUGGUUUGAGUAACAAUCUGUAGAU